UCAAUCCCAUUUUAUUAUCCAUAUAAAUUGUGUGAGUGUGCUUUCGCUAGUAGAAACAAACAUUACUCUCAAAUUAUAUUUAUUUAAUUGGCAAAUAAAUAAGUGAAAUUAAUCAGAAUGGCAAACAAGAGUCCACUUUCAAUCCAAGACAUCCUGAAAUCCAUCGAACGAUACAAUCCAGAGCAUUUGCCAACAUUGGAGAAUCAUGUGCGCGAACAAGCGAAGGGAAAUACUUAUGAUUUGGAAGUGAAUUUGGCCGUUUUAAAAUCAUACCAAUUCGACCCGACACUAUUGAAUUUGGAAAUCACAAAUUUGAUUUUACUCAAGGCACUCACCAAUUUGCCACACACCGAUUUUACAUUAUGCAAAUGUCUUUUGUUGCCAGCCCAAAUGGAAGAUUCAACCAUCAGCGAUAUCAUUGAAUUGGCUGACAUUUUGGAAAAAUGCGAUUUUGAAUUGUUCUGGUCAAAAAUCCUAUCCACACCCGAUUUGAUUGUAAAUGUUAAUGGUUUCUUCGAUUCGAUUCGUAAAUUUGUUUGCAAUGUCAUCAAUAUCACAUUCCAAAACAUUUCGGCUGACUACUUGAAGCGAUUGUUGGGAGAUAUUAAUGGCAAUGCAUUUAAUCACUGGGUCAAGAAAUACGGCUGGAAAGAUGAAGGUGAUGUGAUUGUUAUCACAAAACAAGACGAAAACAUCAAGACAAAGAACAUUACCGAAAAGAUUGCCUUCGAGAGCCUAAGCAACAUCAUGUCAAAAUGUUUGUAAAUGCACCAGAUACACGCUCACCAGAAGAUUACAUUUAUUUUACCCUCUUUCAUAACAACAACAAUAAAAAUCGUCCGAUAAACAUCGGACAAUGAAAAAAAGAA